UGCGAGUUCAGAUGAUGAAGCCAUGCAGAAGUAAACAGUGGGCAGGGCUUCCAGAGACGCACACGUACAGCUGUUGUGUCUGCACUGGAGAAAGUCACCUCCAGCCAUUGAGGAGCUCAGUUUGAUGCUGUAGGUUCUCUGACACAUUCAUGGAAAAGUUCCAGGCUGCAAUGGUUCUCGGAGGAGUGGGAGAUGCCCUGGGAUACCGCAAGGGCCGGUGGGAAAUGUGUAUCUCAGGGAAACAGAUUCAGCAGGAACUGGCCACUCUCGGGGGUCUUGGAGCCUUGAAGCUAGACGCUGAUAACUGGCCGCUCAGUGACGGAAUCCUGAUGCACAUGACCACUGCAGAGGCCCUGAUCACUGAUUACUGGUGUCUGGAGGAUCUGUACCGGGAGCUGGUGCGGCUCUAUGUGGAGGCCAUGGUGCGUCUGCAGGGCCGAGUUCCAGAGCCCAGUACUGUGGAGGGAUGCGUAAACCUCAAGCCACACAACUUCCUGUUAGCCUGGCACACACCAUUCAAUGAGAAAGGUUCUGGUCACGGAGCUGCGACUAAAGCCAUGUGUGUGGGUAUGCGCUACUGGCAGCCCGAGCGGCUGGACAAUCUGGUUGAAGUGAGCAUAGAGACGGGCCGAAUGACCCACAAUCACCCCAUAGGGUUCCUGGGCUCUCUGUGUACGGCUCUCUUCGCCUCAUAUGCCAUCCAGGGUAGACCGCUGGUCAGCUGGGGUCAUGACCUCAUGACGGUCAUUCCCAAAGCAGAGGAAUACUGCAGGAAAACCAUCCGACAUAUGGCAGAAUAUCAGGAGAAGUGGUUUUACUUUGAGGCCAAAUGGCAGUUUUAUCUGGAGGAGAGAGGAAUAGAAGACGGUCAAAGUAAACCGAUACUCCCUGACCGAUACGACGUUGAAGAGACAGACAAGAUGUACAAGCGCUGGAGUUCAGAGGGCUGUCCCGGACGCAGGGGUCACGAUGCACCUAUGAUUGCGUACGACGCUCUGCUGGCAGCCGGAUCCAGCUGGGAGGAGCUGUGCAAACGGGCCGUGUUUCACGGAGGUGAGAGCAGUGCGACGGGUUUGAUCGCCGGCUGUCUUUAUGGGCUGCUCUACGGGAUCGACCAAGUUCCUGCUGGACUCUACCAGGAUUUGGACAAAAGACAAAAACUGGAAGAUCUGGGAGGACAAUUAUACCGAGCAGCGGCAGUAGAGAAAGCUCAGAGGGAUAAGCAGCAGCUCUCCAUCAUCUCAACAGUGGAUUGGCGAGCCAUGAAACAGCUGAUCCUGGAUUGCGCAACACAUCCGGAGGUCAGGGCCAUUCUGGAGAAUCUUCUGCUUUACCAAAACCAAGACCUUCCAAACUCUCCGUUAGCAACCUUAGGAAGAGCCGGUCCACGUCUAACUGCCUUCCAGCUGCUCAGAUCUAAGUUUCUGAGGAGUGUGCCGAAGCCAGCACUCACCCGCAGACGAGAGGUGGGCUCUCUGAACACAAAACAGUGGCAUAUUAAAGACACAAGCAAACUGAGAGCUGAUUCAAGACCCAGGAUGAAGAGAAAAACCUCCAAGGUUCAGAACAUCCUGGAGAGAUUUACAGCAGCAGAGAGCAACACCAUAAAGAAACCACAAACCAACAGACGGACAGGCAGAAUCAUGUUCAGCAGUUUAAUCAAGAGAUUUGAGACUCUAGUGACGGAGCACAGCAGAAAUGAUUCGACACACAAGAUCAAGAGACACAAGAAUGAAUCAACUAUUACACAGGAAACACUAAAACAACACAAGAACAAACCAACUGAUUCACAAGAAAUAUUAAAGCAAUACAAGAACGAAUCAACCAAUUCACAAGAAGUACUAAAUCCAUACAAGAACAAAUCAACCGAUUCACAAGAAGCACUAAAUCAAUACAAGAACAAAUCAACUGAUUCACAAGAAGUACUAAAGCAAAACAAGUACAUAUCAACAGAUGUAAAAGAAACACUAAAAAAAUAUGAGAACAAGUCAAUUGAUUCACUAGUACUUAAGCAACACAAGAAUGAAUCAGCCAAUUCACAAGAGCCACAAAAGCAACACCAGAACAAAUCAAUCGAUUCACAAGAUAGACUAAAGCAACAAAACAAUGAAUCAACUGAUUUACAAGAAAGACUAACGCAACAGAAGAGCAAAUCGAAUGAUGUACAAGAACCACUAGAGCAUCACGAGAAUAAAUCAACUGAUUCAAAAGAAGCACUAAAGCAACACAAGAACAAAUCAAACAACGAACAAGAAUCACUACAGGAACACAAGAAUGAACCAGCCAAUUCAAAAGAAGAACUUAAGCAAUAUGAGAACAAAUCAAUUGAUUCACAAGUACUGAAGCAACACAAGAAUGAAUCAACUGAUUCACAAGAAAGAUUAAAGCAACUGAAGAACAAAUCAAAGGAUGUACAAAAACUACUAGAGCAUCGCGAGAAUAAAUCAACUGAUUCACAAGAAGCACUAAAGCAACACAAGAACAAACCAACUGAUUCACAAGAAACACUAAAGCAACACAAGAAAAAAUCAAACAACGAACAAGAAUCACUACAGGAACACAAGAAUGAACCAGUCAAUUUAAAAGGAGCACUAAAGCAAUAUGAGAACAAAUCAAUUGAUUCACAAGUACUGAAGCAACACAAGAAUGAAUCAACUGAUUCACAAGCAGCACAAAAGCAACGCAAGAACAAAUCAACCAAUUCACAAGAAGGACUAAAGCAACACAAGAAUGAAUCAAUUGUUUUGCAGGAAUCACAAAUGCAACAUGAGAACAAAUCAACUGAUUCACAAGAGACAUUAAAGCAACACAAGUACAACAUAUCAGAUUCACAAAAAGAAAUAAUUCAACACAAGAAUGAACCAACAAAUUCACAAGAAGUAAUAAAUCAACAUGAGAACAAAUCAACUGAUUCACAAGAAAAUUGGAAUCAAACUACAGGAGCGAAUGACAAAGGCUCAGCAGGACAGAAAGAGCUCAGACUUCAGGAGCUGAGUAAGACCUUCAGUCUAGAAAUGAAGGAUGCAUGUGUUUCUGAUGCAACUCUGAAAGAGUGUCAAGCUGAGGAAAGAUCAGGACAUCAGUGUCUCAAUGGAGUCAAGAUGCAUCUGGACUCAGUCGGUUCAUCUCCUGAGGUUUGUUUGGACAUAAACUCAAAAACAACUCUCAGACAGACUUUAGAGAUGAACACACAGAUUCUACAGAAACCUGGAGUACUGAAGAACUCAGUGACAAGUGACCUCAUCGUUAGUGCUUCUGAUGGUCAGAUUUCAUCUGAGCUGAAGGUUGUGGAAAUGAAGGACCAACAAUCAAAGGAUGAGAACGCAUGUCAUCUUUCAAAAGGAGAAACACCAAAGUAUAGGAGUAUGAAUUACCGUGACCCUUCAGUGAGACUCACCUACAUCCCCAAAACCAUCAGAUUCACUGACACCUUCAACUUCUGAAGACGUUUUUUUUGUGCACGUCAGAAUAAACAUUAUUUAUUGCAUGUGUCACAUCCAUCAGAUGCAGGU